UUGGCUCUGACGCAUAGGUCAUUUUCUGAGAAAUUUCAUUCCCAUUUGGCCUUAAAAAGCGCGGCCAAUCGCGCCAAGACGCCCAAGACGCGAUGACUUUGGCUCGCCUAUCUUUGGCACUCCUCGUGUGCGCUGCGGCUGAGCAGCCGCAUCAUGUAGAACAUCAUGCUAUGACGGUGGACGCGGAAGGUGAUGUCUCGAAUGAGAAGAUGAAACAUUUGAUGAGAUCGCACCCGGAUGUCUUGGAAGAAGAGCGGGCGGAGAUCCUUCCUUCCGCAGCAGAUCUGGCGUACAAGGCGAUGGAUUUGGGCUUCGGUACCACGGGAAUGGCCCUGGACGACUAUCCCUUCGCCCUUCGGUUUGUCAUGUGA